GGUGUUACUGCGCGGCCCCCUGGGGUGUUUUUGGCGCCCAAACGCUGGUCACUCUACUCACGUGUAAAAAUCGCCAUGAAGCAGUCAGCAAUGCAGUCAUUAUUCGACAAUACAACACAGGCUGCAUAUCAGCUCAGUUACCGGAUGCAGCUAUCAACAAGAUCAGCCGGAUAAUCACCAGGACAUGGCCUUUCCCAGUUUAACGUGUGGCGUUGUCAUCACGGGGACGCUGAGUGGCUGGCUGUAAACCUAAGGACGACCCACUAGAAACACCUGGGACAGCCAGGCAAACGAGCAGCGGCUCUGUAGUGAAGAAUAUUGGGCGAUUCUGGACUUACAACAUAUCAUGCAUGAAUUGUUUCCGCACUGCCAAAUGCAGUGCCAUUCGUUUUGUCGGAAGUUUUUGGAUCGAUGUGGAUGCCGGUGUGUGUGCGCACGUCUUCAGCUUCUGCUGCACUUGUGAAAACAUCUGCAAGAAGAGGCAUUGUGUGCCGACUGAUGCUGCGCUUUGGGAAUUUGUGCAUCUAGUACCUGCAGUAAUAUAACAGCAAACGAAUGUACUCUUUCGGAAUAUGACCUUAUACAGAUGACCAUCGAUAUUUAUCCGCAAUGAGAAAUGCCUUACAUGCCUUCUGUGGUCCGCUCUGGUUAAUUAGUUACUUCGGUUAUCUCAUCCUUUCAGUGUUGCCACAAGUGGGAUAUGUCCAGUCGUGGACAGAAGAUACCGGCUCUGUUCGCAAGCGUAAUCUAAAUGUGUGUUUGAUACUUGAGAAUCCUUUACAGGAGGCACUGGACCAGUUUUUUAGUUACCGCAGAACAGCAGCUGCGCUGGACUUGGCAGUGGAAAAUGUUAAUACCUAUAUCCUUUCGCCGGCAAAUAUGCAGCUCGUUGUUUGGUUCAGGAGCGGCGGUGAUACCUGUGACUCGGCGCAGGACGUUAUUUCCGGUGGAUUAUCCCUUAUUACGCAAGGGGUCACGUGCAAUCUUUAUAUCGGUGCCGGUUGUGGAAAUAAUGCUGAUGCAUUAUACAGUUUUGCGGAAUAUUACAAGGUACCCCUUAUUGCAAUCCCUGCAGCUGGCCUGGAAACUACGGGACCAACGCGAGAUACAUACAAGUUUUUGGCCAGGACGUCUUACACCUUUGAUGAUGUUUGCAGUUCAUUGAUUCAAAUUUUGCAACUCUGGGGAUACUUACACACAACGGUUUUCACCGAUGACAGUCAAAGUUUUUUUCAUGAAUUAAGUGACGCUUUCGUAGCGUCAUUCGAUAAGUACAGUCCAAAUAUUAGUUUACAUAGCCGUUUCGUGUCCCUCAGUAGUGGGUCUAAUUUAUUGGAUUCUGCCGGCAUCGUCAAUCGUAUGCUGGAAGCCAGCACAUCUUCCAGAGUGUUCAUUCUUUUAUUUAACGCAACGAUUGUCCGUGAUUUUAUGCUGAAAGCCAAGAGGCUGGGGAUGACGGACGGAAGUUACGUAUAUUUUGCUAUAGAACUCUUUCCCAGCAAUUACUGGGGAUCGUACACCUGGAAGACCGGGCAGCUUAAUGAUCAGGAAGCCCGAGAAGCGUACGAUUCACUGUUUGUUUUGUCUUUGAUCGAACGACAAAGCCCAGCAUUCGAAGUAUUUUCCACCAAAGUGAGAGUUCGAUCACAAGAAAAAUUUAACUACACAUUUGGAAUGUUUGAACCGAUCGAUUCCGUUGUGACCAGCUACUACGAAGCAAUUUUUCUUUAUGGGACAAUAAUAAAAAAAUUAUGGAUUGAAGAGGCUAACGUAAGCAAUGGAGAACUGGUUGCUAAAACGUUCAAGAAUUUUAACUAUACAAGCGAAUUAAGUGGAAACUUCCACAUGGACAAAUUUGGAGACCGCGAUAAUGAUUAUGUCCUGAAAGAUCUCGACGAAGUUACAGGUGCAUUCAGACCUUCCUUGAAAUACAAUGUGGAUCUGGGUUUGCAAGUACUGGCGCCAAUACAGUGGCCCAAUCGCUCUACACCACCACCCGAUGUCCCAUGGUGUGGCUUUAAAGGGGAAGCUAUUGUUUGUCAAGCCCUAAUGUCUUCCUGGAAUGGUGGCCUGACUGCCGUGGUUGCUAUUGUUCCACUUUUGGCACUAGCCGGCAUAAUUGGCGGAAUAGUCUACUCAGUGCACCGGCGAGCUCAAGCAGGACCUUACGAUCCGUACUGGUGGAAGAUAUUGGUGGAUGAACUGCAAGUUCAUCCUACCGGUCCAGCUGCUUCCUUUCACUCCAGAAAUUCUGAGCUGAAAUCGGAAGCUGUCGGGUCAAAAAGCACACGAAGCCGGUCAAACAAAUCUUUCGUUGGGAGUUUUUUUGAUAACCGGGCAUUUUACCAGGGAGUUAUGGUAGCCGUUCGUGACAUCUCUAAAAUUGUGACUGUAACGGCCAGUGAAAUGGUAGACGAUAUGAGACUGAUAAGAGAGUGCGUGCAUGACAACAUUCACAAGGUUAUUGGUAUCGCCGUGUCACCAUCCAAUGUGUGCAUGCACGUUGUGGCCGAGUUAGCAUCUCACGGGAGUAUCCAGGAUGUCUUGACAUCGGACGCCAUCCGUCUGGAUUGGUCUUUCAAAAAUUCCAUCAUAUCGGAUAUCGUUAUGGGUAUGGAUUAUCUUCACCUCUCAACCAUCCAAUCGCACGGGGCGUUAUCCGCUCUGACAUGUGUUGUCGACCGACGCUUUGCCAUGAAAGUAUCGGAUGCUGGUUUGUGGCGGUUACGAGAUCCGAAAUUGCUGCUUCCCCCACAAGCUAGCGACAAAGAAAGAGACUAUGAGCCGCUUUUGUACAGGGCUCCAGAGUUGCUUCGUGGGAAGAUGCCUCCCAAGGGAUCUCAAAAAGGUGAUGUGUACAGCUUUGCGAUUAUUCUCCAACAAAUAAUACUUCGUGGCGAGGCCUAUGAAACACCAGGCGAUAACUAUGCACUGGAUUUAACAAAACACGAGAUCGCCAUGGAGGUACAAAAGGGCACGGAUCCGCCGUUUCGUCCCCGCGUGCCUCGUGUUGCCUGCCCCAAUGAAUUAUACCGCCUAAUGGAAAACUGCUGGUCCGAGUACCCAACCGAGCGGCCGUCCUUUGUCAAGAUUAAGCAGAACCUACACAUGGUUAUUGGAAAAGUAGGCGAUAAUAUCGUUGAUCAUUUGUUGAAGCGGAUGGAAGAGUACGCCGAAGAACUGCAGCAACAAGUGGCAGAGAAGACCGACCAAUUCAUGGAAGAAAAGCGACGAUCAGAGGAACUGCUCGGACAGUUGUUACCCAAGAGUGUAGCGCAAGCUUUGACAAAAGGCCAGUCCGUCAACCCUGAAGCAUAUGAAUCCGUUUCCAUUUACUUCAGUGAUAUUGUUGAAUUUACCAAAAUAUCUGCUUCCGGAACCCCAAUGGAAGUCAUUCAGUUGCUCAAUAAUUUGUAUACUGUUUUCGAUGCCGUAAUAGAGCAUUUCGAUGUUUACAAGGUGGAAACCAUCGGCGAUGCCUACAUGGUGUGCAGUGGCCUACCGGUGCGAAAUGGUAACCGUCACGUCGUUGAAAUAGCCAAAAUGUCCUUACAAGUUGUCCAAGCUAUAAGCAAUUUCGAAGUACCGCAAAAAUCCCAUGAACUUCUGCGAGUUCGCAUUGGAGUGCAUUCUGGUCCCUGUGUUGCUGGUAUUGUGGGCCUCAAAAUGCCGAGAUACUGCUUAUUUGGAGACACAGUUAACACUGCCAGUCGCAUGGAAUCUUCGGGAGAGGCGAACAAAAUUCACAUUUCCGAGCAAACUUAUCUGUUAUUGGAAGAUAAUGGAAGUUUUAUUAUGGAAAAGCGAGGUCCCGUGGAAAUAAAAGGAAAGGGCAUCAUGGUGACGUACUGGCUUAUAAAAAUGUUAUAAUACUUCUUCUGAAUACAUAUUGUAUUGGAAUAAUUAUUGAUUACUGGGCCCGUGUAGAAAUUUGAGAUGCUAUGUGUAAUGUAGUGGAUUCGAAAUUGUA